AUGGAUGCUGGAACGAGUUACACCCUGCACCCGGGGCCCAUUGACAACUCCGUGCUCACCCUCCAAGACCACCACCGGUCCACUGACAUAUGGAACGGACACGAUUUCGAGCCCCUGACCUGCAGAAGAUGCGAUGGCCAUUUCUGGCGUCUAGAUGCUGUGGCCCCACGCGUCCAGCAGAUGAUGCUGAAGUCGGGCUUCUACGGAGUCUACAAGGCCGGACGCAUCCGCCUUGAUCAUGCCCUGAUCACUGCUCUGGUCGAGCGGUGGAGACCCGAGACCCACACCUUCCACCUGCCGGCUGGAGAAGCCACCGUCACCCUGCAGGACAUCUCGGUCCUUUGGGGCCUACCCGUGGACGGGGACCCGAUCACGGGGGUUGACACCAACCGCUCAAUGGACGAGUGGCAGGACAUAUGCGGCGAACUGCUGGGUUUCAGGCCACCCCCGGAGGACUUUGACCGCGGUCGGCUCAAGAUCAGGUGCCUGCAGGAGAGGUUCAAGAUGCUCCCAGAUGAUGCCUCGGACACGAUGGUGGAGUAUUAUGCCAGGGCGUACAUCUUGCAGCUGCUUGGGGGCCAGUUGUUGUCGGACAUGUCUAAUAAUAAGGUCAAGCUAAUGUACUUGCCACUGCUUAGGGAUUUGGAGGUGGCCGGGAGGUUGAGCUGGGGCAGUGCUGUUCUCGCUUGCCUGUACCGAGCUCUAUGCCGGGCUACUAAACCAGAGACGUCUGAUAUAUGUGGACCUCUCGUGCUUCUACAGAUUUGGGCAUGGGAGAGACUGCCUUUCAUUCGACCUGGGAGAUUAACGCCCAGACAGCAGCAGCAGCAGCAGCAGCCUGAUGCAAUUGCUGGGGAGCCUCCUUUGCCUGCUCCCCCCUAUGGUUCCAGGUGGAAUAUUGGCUUCAAGCUGGAGAGUGUGGGAACACAUGUUCUAGUCCUGUACAGGGACUUACUGGACAACAUGAAGGAUGACCAGUUCAUAUGGGAACCAUAUUCGUUAGAUGUGUUGGGCAUCCUACCCGAAUACUGUCUGUCAGGAAGGAGAAUCUGGCAGACGGUGGCCCCAUUGAUAUGCUUCGAUGUGGUGGAAUUCCACCACCCGGACCGUGCCCUACGUCAGUUUGGUCAGCAGCAGCCGAUCCCUGCUGCCUGUGAUACCAUCCCGGACAUCCAUUUCACUGACCGCCGUGGGCGGCAGAAUUAUGACUGGGUGCAGCACCACCGACAGUUUGUGGACAUGUGGGCCAGACGUGAGGCACGAGUUGUGACAGCCCCUCCAAUCGAGUGCCCCAUGGAUCAAAGUGAUCCUUACAUGAUGUGGUACCGGAGGAUUACCCGGUUGUUGAUCGGUAACCCUGCUGCUCGUCCUAGCAACGGCUACCAGGGAGGUGGAGGCGCAAAGGAGGCCAUGGCCCAGAGCUUGCAGAAAAUAUACCACCUGGUAUCAGAUGCCUUACAUCAAGGCUGCGAGCUCUCAGGGGAAGAAGUCCUUAGGGAUAUCCUCGAUGUCUGCACAUACUCUCUGAGAACGGCUCACGAGGGCCACCGCCUUCUCUCCAUCCUUCCAGACUUGGGCCCGUCAUCUCCAGCUACAUCAUUGUCCAUCCCGCCCAAGGCUCAGAGAGGCAGACAAAGGAAGAGAGGUGGGUUUCUAGGUGGAGCACCUCUCGAGAACCGAAAGAGGGCUUCAUAUAUUCCUGCUACAGUGUCCACACCAUCAUUAGGCAUGAUGCACUCGCCUAUGCCGUCAAUUACUAUGCCGGACACUGGAGUAGAUACACCUCAGCAGUGGGAUUCCUCCCUCAGCUUAUCUGAGUUCCAUGAUACUCCAGAUUCGAAUGCAAUGCAGUUGGAUCCUGAAGCAUCAGACACUAAAGACCCAUUUCUUCAGGCCCUCGGGAAGAUCCGGGACAUCUGCGCAUUCACAUUAAGAACAAACGCUGUUGAAACCGCAGCGCUGAAGCAGGAGGAGGUGGCAAUGGUGGCAGCAGUAGCAGUCGGUCCUAAGACGAAGCACUGCAAGCCCAGGAGGAGAGGCGGGAUGAGCGGAGCCCACACAGUCGGACCGGGAGCGUACUUUGCCUCCACCCCCGAGCAGCCCUCGCCUACAGAGUCUACUCAGCUCGACAAUGGCUCCCUGUCACGAUCCCAAGACAUCCCCCACGAACAGAAUGCUGCCUGCCACCAUCCAUUUGCGGCAGUCGAGCAAGAGGACAAUCUGCAGUCGGAAAUGAUAGAGCUAGACACCAUCACUGGAAGCAGGGAGUCCUCCCCAUCGGCAGCCGUUGACCCGGGCACGAAGGCCAAUUAUGUGUCUUCACGGCAUGAUAGUACACAGGAGGUCACUGUACAGGAGGAAGCUGAUGGCAACUUAGAAGGUAGCAACACCAAAGAGAAUGAAUCGAAGCCCGAUGGCGCCAAGAGUGUUAAUGUGGGGCCUCGCUCGGCGGAGUUGGUUUCAUCAGCUAGUUGUUACAAGGGAGAGGGGAAUGGAGGGAAGAGGAAGGAGGGGGCUGUGGAUGAGGUGGGGUCAGCAGAAGUGGUCACAAUCGGGCAGACUGCGACUGAUGAUGACAGUGGGAGAUCAUUGUCUUCAGAGUAUGUUUUUGAGGGCGGGGUUUGUAGUAGUGUGGUUGGGGGAGCAAGGGAUGAUGUGCAGAAGAAGUACAAGAGGCAAAGGCGCUCCAUGCAGAGAAACUAG